AUGCCGAUCUCGCCCAAGAGACGUUGGCUGACAUGCUUGACUUAUUACCUGAUUAGGAAGUCGGAUUACAGCGUCUAUGAUGCUUUCAGAAAGGGCCUCCGCCUUCCUAUCCCGAACCCUGACAACAUUCCUGCCGGGUCCCCGGGACAGGGAGGGCAGUACACGAGAAACACGAUCCCGCCGAAGCUCUGGGCCCCGUUGGAAUUCGACAAAGGUCUUUCUGCAGCCUACAAGUUUGUCGAGGAUGUGAAACAGGACCUGGAAGGAAUCAACGCGAUAGAUGUUGCCGGACUCACCAAAUUGAACUCGCGUUCCGGCGAGAACGACCUCAUUAAGCUGUUCAGCUUACUCGUCAUGCAUCCCAUCGAGAUCGCUCUAUCCCGCAUCAAACUCCCGGAGUCCUACGAGUUGAACGUGCGAUGCGAGGCCCCCCCCGAGGAAGGCCGCGCGGUGCGCGUGGAUAUGUUGCUCGAGGUUUUGGGGCCGGAGGGUCCCAGGACCUUGGCCGUCUUGGAAAUGAAGAACUUUGGCGUUGUCAAGGAUGAGAUGGGUGGUAUCAUGGCGGCCAAGGUUUCGUCUGUACAGGAAGCCCAAAGCGUCGCACCGAGUUCCAGUGUCCGAUUUCAAGACGACUCGGUGUUCUUGGUUCGACAGUGCGCAGCAUAUGCAACAAGGUUCGAGACCAGGCACAUUGCCUUGUGCGAUGGGUCGGUCGCCAUUUUCAUGGACUUCACGCAGCUUCCUGAAGCACUCCGCAAGGCUAGAAUGAACGACCCCGAAAGUCCAGGCGGAUUCGCGGGGGAUAUCGUUCUGCUGCACACACAAACGGACCCAAGCAACUUCCAUUACGCGCUCCUUGCCUUCUUCAAGGGCGCGGUGGAUGAAUGGUUGCAGACUCUGGAAGGGGUCGGCCGACCUUGA